AAUGGAUGUCGGCAACCUUUCGUCAUCCCACUCUGUCUUUGUCAACGAGCUCUGGAGCCAUGGCCUUUAACGGAACCUGGAAAGCGGACCGCAGUGAGAACUAUGAUAAGUUCCUGGAGCGAAUUGGUGUCAACGUCAUGAAGCGCAAGCUGGCAGAGCACGACAACCUGAAGAUCACCAUCGAGCAGACUGGCGAUAACUUCCACGUAAAGGAGUCCAGCACGUUCCGCACCAAGGAGUUCGACUUCACUCUUGGCGUAAAGUUUGACUACAGCCUGGCGGACGGCACCGAAGUCUCAGGAACAUGGGAGAUGGAGGGUGACAUGCUGAAAGGGUUAUUCAACAGGAAGGACAACAACAAACUCCUGACGACCACCAGGAGCAUUGUGAAUGGGGAGCUGGUGCAGACCUACAACUAUGAGGGAGUGGAUGCAAAGAGAAUUUUCAAGAAGCAUUAACCUGCAUUUUAUGAAAUAUUUUAUUGCCUGUACCUCAAAGAUUUUCUUUAAAUAAAGUGUCUUAAACUUUUAUAUGAAUUUAUGUGGUGCUUUUGAUGAAUUACAGCAAGAAAACCUGCAGAAAAGUGAUGUUCAGCUGCAUAAUAAAGAGAGAACCAACCAGAAA